AGAUGCGGCCGCGUUUGGCUGUUGGACGCAGUAUGGAGCUGAUGACCUGCAGUUGGGAUGUUUGUGUGUGUCUGAGCGGCAUGUAGCAUGUGAAAAGAAUAAACUAACGGAUUAACCUGCACGUUUUCAGCAAGAAACUACAGAACAAAAGUUUUUUUGGGGGGGACUGAAGUCGCUGGAAGGAGAAAAGUUGGCGAAUUCGAGGCCCGUGUGCCAUGCCAGAGGGGACCCAUUCUGCUCUCCACCAGGGCCCGAUGGGGGAAGAAUCUCCUCAGUUGUCCCCGCCCCUCUCCAACAGUGACCAUGUCCAGAGAAGCCUCGAUUUGGGUCCAUGCUAUUGCAGCCAGGUAUGUGUGGAGCCACCUGAUGGAGAGGGUGAACGUCCAGUGAGCCUGGUGUCCUCCCUGUCCUCUGGUUCAUCCCGUGAUAGUCGCAGUCUUUUCGGGAGCACAGCAGCCCUUCCUUUCUCCACCACACCGCCUGUUCCAAGCGAGGAGGACGUAGAUUUGGAGCUGAGCCCAGCUGAAGGCACCAGAGAGCAGGCCGGGAACCAGAGUCCCACCCUUUCAGGUUCUAGAGAUUGCUGGCAGGAACAGCUGGAGCCCUGCAGGUUGAGUGGCAGCCAGUGGAACAACAACAACGCCACAGCCAACGGGAAAGCAACUGGUGAAACACCUCAUAUCCCCUGCUCGCCUGUUGUCACGGAUGCCAUGGCGCCCAACCCUGAGCUGACCUAUGUGGACCGUGUCGUCAUGGAGAUCAUGGAGACAGAACGCAUGUACGUCAAGGACCUGCGCAGCAUCGUGGAGGACUACUUGGCACACAUUAUCGAUGUAGGCAACCUUCCUAUACGGCCAGACCAAGUGUGCGCUCUGUUUGGAAACAUAGAGGACAUCUAUGAGUUCAACAGGGAGCUGCUGCAGUCGUUGAGCAUGUGUGAAAAUGACCCCGUGGCUAUCGCUCAGUGUUUUGUCAAUAAGAGUGAAUACUUUGAAAUCUACACCCAGUAUUGCACCAACUAUCCCAACUCAGUGGCAGCGCUGACCGACUGCAUGCGAAGUAAAACUUUGGCGAAGUUCUUCAGGGAUCGACAGGCCGCUCUGAAGCGCUCCCUUCCUUUGGGCUCUUACCUCCUAAAGCCGGUUCAGAGGAUCCUGAAAUAUCACCUGCUGCUUCAGGAAAUUGCAAAGCACUUUGACCCAGACGAGGAGGGCUAUGAGGUCAUUCAGGAGGCCAUAGACACCAUGACGGGAGUUGCUUGGUACAUCAACGAUAUGAAGAGGAAACACGAACACGCUGUCAGAGUGCAGGAGAUACAGUCUCUUCUGAUCAACUGGAAGGGUGCUGACCUGACCACCUUUGGAGAGCUAGUGCUAGAGGGCACCUUUCAUGUGUUGAGAGCGAAGAACACCCGCACGCUCUUCCUCUUUGAAAAGAUGCUCCUUAUUACCAAAAAAAGAGGGGAACACUACGUCUACAAGAACCAUAUCCUGUGCUCCACCCUAAUGCUACUUGACAGCGCCAAGGAUCCCCUGCUCUUCAGCGUUAUCCACUUCAAGCGCCCGAAGCAACCUCAUACAGUGCAGGCCAAGUCUGUAGAAGAGAAGCGUCUCUGGGCCCAUCACAUCAAGAGGCUCAUACUUGAGAAUCACAGCACCAUCGUUCCCCAGAAGGCAAAAGAAGCCAUCCUGAAUAAUUCAAACUAUCCGGGGAAGUAUAGCCCUGAAAGGCUGAAGAGAGCGGAGUCCGGCCAGGCUGAUGAUUUCCAUGUUGGUGGGAGAAAUGGGAGAAGAAGAUCAGAGCCAGCAAAACAAAUCAGAAGAAGCAAAAAAGCUGUUUUGAAGCAUGCAGAGAGUGAGGGUGCACUGCUGGGUGAUAGAUGCUCCCUUCAGCCAGCCACUAGUGUCAGCACGCUGACCUCCAGUCUAGGGGAGCCCCAGGCUGAAAGGCCAUGUGUGGAGGAUCUAAUUCUCAGAAGGAACUCUCUGGAGGAGCCAAGUGUUACUGACAGUGACCCAAAACAGGGCUGUUUACCCAGUGAGGGGGGACUGGAGCCAGAGAAGGCUGUGGAGGAGGAGGAUAUGGAGGAUGGAGAGAGCUACAAGGAAGAUAUACUGAUGGGAGAUGACCAGGUAGCCGACUUUGCCAGCUCAGUGCUCGCAGCCAUCUCCUGCUGGCACUAUAGAGCCAGGGCUUUGCUUUCUACUCACUUCACAACGGGUGAUCAGCACAGAGAUGCUGCUGAGCUCAAAACUCCAUCAAGAGAGGACGCAGAAGCUUACAGGCAGGUGGAAAAACAUGAGGCCGAUGCUCUGAAAGAAACUCACAGCUCGCAGGUCAGUGUGCAGGAGCUGUUCCAUCGAGACUGUCUCCCUCAAGCAAAGGAGCGCAAUCAUCUGGAAGAGGAUCACUUCCAGUGCCCUGAGUCUCCUGCGACCCCCUCGGAACAAGAAGCUGAGACCACAGAUCCUCAGGAUACAUCUAGAGAAACUGGAGAGGAGGAAGAAGAAGGAGAGAGUGAUUCCUCUGGUCUUCAAGUGGAGGAGGCGAGUGUACUGACAAAUGGAGAGCUCUCAGAAGAGGAAGAAGAGGUACUUUCAGAUAAUAAAAGCAUCCUACCUUCCUCUGUGCUGGACCAGGCGAGUGUGAUAGCUGGGCACUUCAUAAGCAGCCUAUCCAGACGGAGCAGUAUGGUUUCAGAGGACGUGGGUUCCCUUAUAUGCCCGUCGGAGUUAGUAGAUGAUGAUGAUGCCUUCCACGGCCCUUCAGCUUGCAUGGACUUAAAGAAACAGACCCAAAUGCUGCUCAGCUCUUCACCAGAGCUGCAAACUUGCUCAGAGGCUAAUCAAUCAGUUCCUGUGCAUGAACUUGCGCGGAACACCCUCACUGAAGAGGAACGCAGGUCUACGCUUUCCAAACAAGAUCGCCUCCUCAUCCACAAAAUUAGACAAUACUACGAGCACGCCGAGCACCAAGAUGCUAACUUCAGCAUCAAACGCAGGGAGAGUCUGUCUUAUAUUCCAGCAGGUCUGGUCAGGCACUUGAGUCGACAGCUUAAUGAUAAUCCUGCUCCUCAGGAGAAGGCUGUCCCAGCGCUUAGGAAAGGUUUAUCUCAGAAGAGGCCUACAUCUUGGUCUGUGUUUGACCUUCCUGGAUUAGAAAAGAGUCGAAAUGCCAAAAUUUGUCUACCACAGAGAUCAGUCGAAGCCCAGGCAAGAUCUAACAGCGUCACAGAUACUUCUAGCACAGAAGAGGAAUUCAGACCUUCAUCAGAAAUGGUCAAGGUUUGGCAAGACAUGGAAAAUGAGGGAGACAGCCAGGAAGUCCAGCAGGAUACAGAGGAGAAAGUUGGUAAGUCACUGUUAGAAGUGACACAGGACAUCAGUUCAGAUACUUCAGAUGCUAAAACCAGUAAACGACCACCUCAGAUUUUAGAAGAGUCUGAAAUAAGCACUGCCUCCAGUAGCAUCUCCAUAUCAUCACCUACCCCAACUUGCCCAGCAGUGGAAGGAGGAUCUGGUCAGGUCUCAGAGACAUGUAAGACCCCAGUGUUUCAAGAGACUGGUAAAGUCAACCAAAGCCAGCUACCUAAGAUCAUUAGCUUCCAAACAAGCAUGGACGAGGACCAGAUCCUUCAAGAUAUGGGAAAGGUGAAGAACAAGGUGUUCCAGCUGGCUCGUCAGUACAGCCAACGCAUUAAAAAUAACAGACCCAUAGUCUGGCAGAGGAACCGAGAAACAGCAGACCAGGAAGGCUUCAGGAACAUGCCUGCUGUCCACGAGGAGAAGAUGCAGCUUAGAAAAAGGGGAAAACCCAAUCUAAGAUUGUCCAUGAAUUCUUGCAGUCAAGCAGUUAUCCCUGAAGUGCAUUCUCCAAGUUCAGUCCAGACUCCCAGCUCUGGAGCCAGCUCCCAGGGCACAGUUACCUGCCCGCAGAGCCCACAGAUGGAGACCUUCCACUGGCCUGAUGUUCAGGAGCUGCGCUCCAAAUACUCAGAUGCCUCCCACUCCUCAAAAAUAGCCCAUAACUGCACAUUUCCAAAUGGGAUGGACAGGUGUAAUGGUUGUGCACAUAAGCACAGUAGCUCCUCAGAUCUUCACAGGACUCUGACAGACUCUGAAAGACUUAGAAAGCGGUCCGAAACAGCAUGCAGAGAAAAACGUCCCAUGGUAGAAGACUGGCCCCCACACCAGACGCGGUCUCGACUCUUUCCCCUGCUGUGCAGGUGGAAAUCCUUGGACCAUAUGCUUGGGUCUUUACCCCUUCAUGAAGUACAGAAUCUUCAGGAACCUGUCAGGACCUGCCUUACAGUCAGCCAAGUGCAAGAAGGGGACAGCCUCUCUCCAGAGGGCAUAGACAGUGGAGCAAAGUCUGAUCUCCUGAGUUCAGGGAAGACCUCAGAGAGUAAUCUUGUGAAAAGCUUACGUGAGAAGUUCCAGAGCUUGAGCACAAGCUCGUAAACAUGGGAAAUAUGUGCAUAUUUUUAAUAUCUCAUACUUGUCAGCACCCAUUUUUCAUGUUUAUUCCCUUAAAAGAAUGCAACUUUUUGACUGUGCAGUGUUUUCAGUAGCACACUGUAACAUCAGAGACAUUAUUAUUGUUAGGGCCAUCGUCUUAUAAAAUAUGGAUUACAAUAUUUACACACUGGGUAAAUGUCUGCACAAUGUCUGUGUAAAUACAUGUAUAUAAUCCCCAGUAUCAAAUGGGAAAACUGGUAUCCAUGUAUUUGGUUCCCACCUACUGUUGUGGUCCUUGCUCCAGUCAGUACAGCACUAUUUCAUUAACCAUGUAAAAUGUCAGAGUUUCAGGGGAAAGCAAAAAGGAGCUAAGCUCUAACUGAUGUCAGCUCUGCUGUUACUGUAGCACAGGCUCUGUCCACAUACCAAAGAUGGCUGCCUUUUGUUUUUAAUGCAAGUGGUCUCAGCAAUCAUUUGAUCCUCAUUUACUGUAGCUGCUUCUAUAACGUGUGAAAUGUCACUGGAGCUUUAUUUUUCUCAACAAGUUGUGUAUUUUCUUGAACAUUAUUUAUGAAACUGUAUAUUUGGGAAAUAUUGGCCUCUUGUAAAUACUUUUCCUAGAGCGACCCCUUUUUACUUUUCCAUUUCAGAAAGGGCAUUUUCAUACUUGCAGUUUCCCAUGUUUUGAAUAAAACAAAUGUCUUGUCAGUUAUUGGUAAAUUGGCAUUACUGCAGGUCCAUUUGUACAGUGGUUCGAUAAAUGUAGAACUUCAAAGACAGACUUCUCUUUACAUCAAAUAAAACAGAAUUAAAGGUGAGUGGAGAGGGUUUAUUGUUGUGUAGCAUGUGUGAGAGAAAAUGCUCUAUUCCAAAAUGAGGAGAGACCAGAAGCAGCAGCUGUCCUAAUGAAGGCAAAACAUGAUAAAAAUGCAAUAGCUGAGUUUUUUUGUUUUGUUUUUAUUUUAAGAGCUUUAGGAAUUUCCCUUAUUCCUAGCU